AUGCCACACUACGUCAUACUACGGCUGAACCCGAGCAAGUGUGAGUGGAUGUCUAAAGAAUUAGAAUACUUUGGCUACAGGGUCGACUGUAACGGCAUCCACCCCACAGCCGCAAAAGUGCGGGCAAUUGUGGAGGCGCCACAGCCUGCUGACUUCAACCAGCUGAAGGCAUAUCUCGGACUGCUCAUGUACUUCUCCAAGUUCAUGGACAGCCCGGCCACCGUGGCGGCGGCGCUCUAUCGGCUGGUGAAGGCAGGCCAGCGGUGGAGCUGGGGACAGGCGGAGAGCGCGGCAUUCGCGCGCACCAAACAGCUGUUGGUGCAAGCGAAGCGCUGGCGCGGCCCGGACCAGGACAGUCCGGGUGCGGACGUCCUCCUCAACCUAGACAGCUCCAUGACCGAGCUGUUCAACUUCUCCCCUGGGCCGGGAGAGUUGCCGGACCGCCGCUCGGAGCUGUCGGCCGGCGCCGCCGACACUCCAGGCGGAGAGCCCGUGUCUCCACCGCCGGACGCCGCGCCCGAGGCAGCCGACGUCGGCCCCUUCCACGGUCUGCCGUCGCUCGUGCAGAAGCUGCUGGAAAAGCAGCGCGGCAUCACGGCUCUGUACGCAUGGCAGGAGGAGUGCCUGGGCCUGCCGGCGGUGCGUGAGCGGCGUAACUUAGUGUACAGCCUGCCGACCAGCGGCGGCAAGACGCUCGUGGCCGAGCUGCUCAUCAUGCGCGAGCUGCUCUGCCGGCGCCGCGACUGCAUGCUCGUGCUGCCGUAUGUCGCGCUAGUCCAGGAAAAGGUGCGCGCCCUCGCUCCGUUCGGUAUAGCGCUGGGUUUCCUCCUGGAGGAGUACGCCGGCGCGAGGGGCGCCUUUCCACCCGCCCGGCGGCGCAAACGGCGGGUGCUGUACGUGUGCACGAUUGAGAAGGCCAGCGGCCUCGUCACCAGCCUGCUGGAGCAGAGCCGCGCCGAGGAGCUCGGUCUGGCCGUCAUCGACGAGGUGCACAUGCUCGGCGAGCCCGGCGGCCGAGGCGCCACCCUGGAGCUGCUCGUCACCAAGCUGAAGGUGGCCGCGCCGCAGACCCAUCUGGUCAGCAUGAGCGCCACCAUCGGAAACAUGCCUGACCUGGCCGCCUUCCUGGAGGCGGACGUUUACUCCCGGCCGUUUCGGCCUGUUCAGCUUCGCGAACACGUGCUACUGGACGGCCAGCUGCUGGAGGUGACCGGCUCGACAACCGACAGCUGGGAGCAGCUGCUGACGCCGCGCCGUCGGCUGGCGUUUCAGUACAGCCCGGAGCAGCGGAAGCGGGACCCGGACGGCGUGGGCGGCCUGGUGGCCGAGGUGGUGCCGGCCAACUCCUGCCUCGUCUUCUGUCCCACGCGCAAGAACUGCGAGGCCGUGGCGCUCAUGAUCUGCGGCGCUCUCGGCAGGGAGCUCGGCGAGCACCAGCUGGACCGCAAGAAGGCGCUGCUCGCGGCGCUGGUGAACGAGGGGAGCGGCUCCGUCUGUCCCACGCUGCGCCAGACGCUCCGCUACGGCGUGGCUUACCAUCACUCAGGUCUGACCACAGACGAGCGCAAGCUGCUGGAGGAGGCGUACCUGGAGGGCACGCUCUGCUGCCUCUGCUGCACCUCCACACUGGCCGCCGGCGUCAACCUACCGGCCAAGCGGGUGGUGCUGCGGUCGCCCUACACCGGCUCGGCGUUCCUGAGUCGCGGCCGCUACAAGCAGAUGGUGGGACGCGCAGGCCGGGCGGGCAUUGAUGACUCGGGCGAGUCCAUCCUCAUCGUAGCUGCUAAAGACUCCAAACUGGUGGGCGAGCUGCUAAUGUCUCCGCUGGAGCGAUGCGUCUCUACGCUGCUGGAGCGGGACGGCCACGGUUUACGCCGCUUGCUGCUGUCGGCCGUGACGCUGGGACUGGCCGACUCCCCGGCUGCCCUGGUCCAGGUGGCCAGCCGCUCCCUGCUGGCGGCGCAGGCGGACGCGCUGCAGGUGGACCUGCCGGCGGUGGUGCGUCUGCUGCGCGUGAGCCGGCGGGACGGCGCGGCCGGCCCGCUGCCCGACGGCGACCGGUGGGCGCCCGAGCUGCAGCUGAAGGUCAGCCGUCUGGGCACGGCCGCCGUCAAGGGUAACGUGGACCUGCGGGUGGCCGGCCGCCUGUACGACGACCUGGUGCACGCCCAGUCGGCGCUGGCCGUCAUCAACCAGCUGCACCUGCUGUACCUGGUCACGCCUUAUGACAUGAUGGACAACAUCCGGCCAGCCGCCAGCGUCUACUUUGACCUGUACAUGUCGCUGGAGCCGGAGGAGGUGGCCGUAGCCCGUCUGAUCGGCGUCACCGAGGCGCACGUGGUCCGAAUGAUGUCCGGCGGCGGCGGUAAGGCGACGGACCGGACGGUGGCGCACCGGUUCUACCUGACGCUGGCGCUGCACGACACGCUGCGUGCCGGCUCGCUGUGGACGGCCGCCGAUCGGCUGCAGCUGCACCGCGGCCAGCUGCAGGCGCUGCUGCAGGCCACGGCCGCCUUCUCGGCCGCCGUGCUGCACUUCUGCCAGCAGCUGGACGAGUUCUGGCCAUUCGUGCAGCUGCUGGACGUCUUCAACCGCAAGCUGGCCACCGGCUGUGCUGCCGAGCUGGCACAGCUCAUGGAACUCCCCGCCGUGAAGCAGGGCCGGGCGCGCGCGCUGUUCGCCGCCGGCUACAAGUCGCUCUCGGACGUGGCCAACGCUGACCCGGAGGCGUUGGUGCGCACGCUGGACCACCUGCCGCGCCGCGUCGCCCGACAGAUGGUGGACUCGGCGAAGAUGCUGGUGCUGGAGAAGGCGGAAGCGCUGCAGGAGGAGGCCGAGUUUAUGCUGGACGGCCUGAAAUCGGCCCAGUUCUACAGUUCGCCGGGGCUGACCGAGGUUCUCCUCAACUCGUCGCGCGUGGAGUCGGGCCCAGAGGAGCCGACCAACGACCCUUCGUCGCCGGCCCCGACCGCCGGUGUGCCGCCGUAGCGCUCACCUCACCUCCGACCCCAGGUCACAGCGGCCGUGCUCAAAAGACGCGCUGUUGACCGGGUCGGUGUCGUGAAUGGCAGACCCGCCUUGCCUCCUCCCCCCCCCCCCCCUUCUCCCUCCCCGCUGCCUCUCCGUGUUGCUGGAGUCAGUCACCGCCUUGCCUGCGAGUGCAAGCAGACUGGGUGACCAGGCUAGACCUGGGCCGCCUGGGGCCUGGAUGACCCUGGCUGACCCCAUCCAGCGGCUGGGUGGCGUUCGCGCCUUUUGACGCCGAUCACCCUGCAGACCGGUCGUGCAAUAAGCGUGGUUGUUGUGUUAGCAGUGGUGUUGGUGGGGCGGACCAGGUGUGGGCCUAUUUCUAGUCCGCUUGCGUCAGCCGUGAUGCUGCGCUUUUGUCGAUGAGCGCUGACCUUCACCCCGGUCGGCUUGUUCGACCGGAUCGCGUAUGGGGUGGCCGGCCGCUGUAGUGAAACGCAAGGCUGUCUCCACUCGAGCCGCUGCCAAAGAUGAGAUAUAAGCCUCCGUGGCGUGACAGGCCUGCGCCCCUGCCGUGAUCAGGGAUGACACCAAAACGGCUGCGCCGGCCGACCCCGUCCGCAUUAGGAUGGAUGUGUUUGUGCACGGCGAGGGUGUCAGUCGUCAUCAGCUGACGCCGCAUACCACGCGCUCAUUGGACGGCGCCUGGCGAGCACCAGCGCUGGAUAGUUUUGCGGUGGGACGCUGACGGGGCUGGUCGUGAGCUGAGGCAACGGCCUGCGGCUUCAUGUUGGUUAUCGUGCUGGCGAUAUGCUCGUGGUUCAUGGUGUUCGCGUGUGAUAUCGAGCUGGCGUAUGACGUUUUGGGCUCAUUUGUGGAUGGUGGAGUAUCACUAACCGCCUUCCCUGCCUUGCCAUUAACAGUCAACCUACGGCCGGUCUGUCACCUUCGUCCCCCGAGAGGUCUCACAGAUUCUCACCUUCGCCCCACGAGAGGUAUCAGAGAUUCUCACCUUUGUCCCACGAGAGGUCUCAGAGGUUCUCAUCUUCGUCCCACGAGGAGCGGUCUUUGAGGACCGUCUGUAACAUUUCGAAAACUAAGCGAGCUAGAGCAACGGGGAAAACGACAUUGAAUAUCGAAAAGAUGUGAUCGAGCUGCAUUAGAGAAGUAUGACAAAGCAACGGUGAAAGCAAUCUGACGGCUCAAAUCGUGCUCAAGGCGGUAACUAGCUAUUUCCCAGCACUCAUCCACUCCUGUUAUGUCAAGAACUAAGCGUGCUAAGGCAAUACUGAAAACGGCGUUGAAUAGCUCUUGGAAGACUCGCUUCGUCUCAUUCCAGUUAAUUUAUUCUACUGAAGGCUUAUUAUGCUUAUUCUACUGUUAAGUAAUUCUACUGUUUCCACGUGGUGAUUGUUCUGCGCCCAGUCGUACACAAAAAAAACAGUACACAGAGAUAAAUAUA